CAUCACGAGGGCCCCGAGGGGCGCCGCUCUAGCCGUCUUUUUUCAUUUUGCGUGCGUCUUUUUUUGGCAGCGCGCGUUAACCUUGGAUUUUUUCAUAGCGAAGCGCUGCACGUACGCGCGCAAGUUUCGGAUAGUCGUAGAGCGUCCCCCACUCAGCGCGUCCGAAUUUUCUGCAUUCGGCCGGCGUGAAGAGUUUUCGGCGGUCGCAUUCGCGAGCGAGGCUCCCCACGGCUAGGAGCGAAGCGCGCACCGACACAUACGGGCUGCGAACGGAGCGGCGCGAGCGCAAACGCGCCAUGCAAUAUGCGGAAGUAAGCGCGACUACGACCGAACGGUGCUAAACUAAACGAGUGUAACUCAAGUGUAGUGAACGCACAUUCAGUGAAACAAACUAUGGUAUUUGUGCAUAGCUCGAUAGAGAUCUAAUGGUUUUCUAAUUACGAUACAAGGACUGUGGAAUUUGCGACAUGGAAUCGAGGAAAGUAUUGGCUUUAUUUAGUAGGGCAGGUAUACGAGGCGGCCCGGGUAUGGACUCCCAGCAGCAGCAGUACUGCCUAAAAUGGAACAGCUUCGGUUCAAAUCUCGCCACUUCGUUUGCGAACCUGUGGAACUCGGAGAGUCUCGCCGACGUCACUCUAUACUGCGAAGGACGCCAAUUCAAAGCUCACAAGGUGAUCCUGGCAGCAUGCAGUAAGCACUUCCAGGAGUUGUUCGACACGGCGCCGCCGAGCCAUGCGGGCGCGUGUUACGUCAUCCUGGAGGCCACCACGGCCGACAACAUGCAGGCGCUGCUCGAGUUCAUGUACAAAGGCGAGGUGCACGUCAGCCAGGACGCGCUCUCCAGCUUCCUCAAGAGUGGAGAGAACUUGCAGGUCAAAGGCCUGUCGAUGGAAAUGUCUCAGGACGCUUGGGUGAAGCAGCAAACUCAGCAGAACUCUGGAGACCGCCAUCAGGCACGCAUCAAAACCAGUCCGGUGUCAGGGUCAGGAAAUUGUGAGGUGCAGGAGUCAGCUGCGCCAUCUUCGCACACAGCCACGUUCGCUCCGAUCAUGCCGCAGUACGGCAUGCCGAUGCACGGCAGCGGCAGCAUGGGCCGCUACGCGCCGCCGGCGCACCUGCCCAUGCACGCGGCCGGCCACCGCCGCCCCGCGCCGCCCAAGCCCUCGCCGUCUCAGAGCCCACACGCUAGGAAUUACAGGCAAAGCUCGUCGUCGUCGCACUGCGGCAGCGUGGCGGACGAGCCGGACACGCGCUCGUCGCCCGGCGCCGCGCGCUACGAGGACGCCGACGCGCUGCCCGCGCCCGCGCCGCCCAAGAACAACGGCUACGAGCGCGCCAACGCCGACGACAUGCCCGAACGACUCAACAAUGACCAAGGUGCUGAAGAUUUACGGAUAAAGAGCGAGAACGACUACCAACCGCCCGGAUACAACAACUCGCCGCCGCCGGCCACCUCGCUGCCCAACGCCAACUACCACGACAAGCCCAUGGAGACGUCGCCCGUGCCGCCCAAGCCCAGUCCCGACAUCUGGCCCACCAAGCUCAUCACCAGCAAGUCCGGCGGCAUCGCCACUGCCGACGGCAAGAAGCUGAAGUGCCCGUACUGCGAGCGGCUGUACGGCUACGAGACCAACCUGCGCGCGCACAUCCGGCAGCGGCACCAGGGCAUCCGCGUGCCGUGCCCGCACUGCUCCCGCACCUUCACGCGCAACAACACCGUGCGGCGCCACAUCGCGCGCGAGCACCGCGCGCACCUGCCGCCCGCCGCGCUGCACCACGCGCAGUAACCGCUGCGCCCGGCCCCUACACUAUCUACCUCAGUAAUUGAUCUUAACGUUUUUAAGAAUUGUGCGAUAAUUGUUACUUAAUUUAAAGUGUGUGACUUUGAAUGGUUGCUCAGUACGCGUCCGGUGUUUCUAAAAUAUCGUACCUCCUUCGCACCCUCGUUUCGCGAGUACCUCAUUUUUUGCAUUCGCCGGCGUCCGGUCGACUGCGAUACGGAGUUACCUUUUUAUAGACGAUUUAUUUUGUGCUCUCGGUCGAGUUGCGACGUAGCUUUUAAAUACCUGAGCUAGGGAAUCUUAGAAAUGUUGUUGAGACUGAUGGUCAUAGGCUAAGUGUAUGUAAAUAAUAGGAGAAUGUUGUAAAUCGCCUUGGCCUAGGUUGAAACACGCGUAUCGACACUCUGUGGCAAAACUACCUCUUUUUACAUUAUUAUUUUUUAUUUUUAUUAAUUACCUAACAUAAUGACAAUAGACUAGAUAUAUACGAUUUUAGUUACGCAUUCGACAUAUCUGUGAUACAAUAGAAACAGGCUGUAUAAUUUAUUAUUUUCAUAUUUGCCACACUGUCGCUAACAAAACAGACGGAAAGAAGUGCGAACAUAUACGGAAUAGUAAAGUUUCAGCAGUUUUUUACUGUACAGUGCAAGAAGAACGGUUUUAGUUUUGUACAAAGUACAAUUUUGCCCUAGAUACAUAAGUAGUUAGGUAAACAAAUCGUGUUAUUAAAAAGAAUUGCAUAUAAGGUUCGAUUCAUGAAUGAGUAAACAAAUCCAUCAUAGUCGCUGGUAACAGGCUCGCCUGGGCGGAUGUUACUAUUGAGACCAAAUAAUUAUAUGUUUCAAUGGGAUGGUGUCGAUUUUAACAUUCCGUUAUAUAAAGAUUUUGUUUUUCGUCUUAGUGCAUUUAUAUGAAGGCCACUUACUACUUUUAUAUUCCUAGUCAUUUCAAGUGCAACCAGUUGAGAUUUUUUAAAGAAAAUAAUUAUUUAAAUGAUAAAUGUAGGGGCGCUCGUCGAUGUCAUUGUAUUAUAUUUUGUUGUGUUGGCAUCGGCGGCGUCCACGUGUUAAACUACAAGUUUACAUUCAGCUGCAAUAAAUAGUUUUUGUUACAUAAAGGCCUAUUCAUAUGUAUACGCUGUGGGUAGCAAAACUCAUUAAUUCCAUUCCUAUGGUAAUAUGAUGACAGAAUAUAAUUACCUUAGUUGAAUGGAUGUUCUUUACAUCUACAAUUUAUAACACCUUUUUGCUAUCCUUAGCAGUAGGGAAAUUAGCUAGAUUAGUUAGAUGUGACAAUACCGCAUGGCUAGUCGGCUUGGGACCCGCUGCAGCGAGCAUCACAAAUGUCUGAACAGGCCUUAAAGCAGAUGGUACUGUGCCAAAUAUCCUCAAUUUUAAGUUCACAUCGUAUUAUUUUAUUUAUUUUUGUUAAGUGUGAAUGUAGCUACUGUGUGUUUUAUUCCUGAUAUUUAGGAAUAGGUUGCAUUCAUAUUUAUUAUUAUAUUUAUAUUUUAGGAUACACGUUUUAUUGAAUAUAUUUAUGACAAGAAUGAUUUAUAAAGGCUCAGUGACUUUUUUAAUAUUUAGUUUCUGUUGUUUAGUACCAUUUGUAAGACAGCGUUUUAGUUCUCUUGGAAUGGUUACCUUGUUUUUGUUAUGAAAAACAAAUAAAAUAUAAAGUUCUAUUCAUAUAUUACAUACAAACUUUACCGUUAUACUUAUACAACCAAUAGAUAGUUCAAAUUGUUCAAGCGAAAUAGUUUUAAUAGAGACACCUGUUAGAAAAAUAUAAAAGUAGUAAAUUUUAUCGAUUACAGUACAUUGUCCGAAUAAUUUUGUAUAAUACAUAUAUGAAUAGAAUAAAGUCGACUAUUAGUAUCAAUAGACCGAGUAGAAGCUAUAUACAGUAAAAUAUCUGAAUAUUUUUAGAAUCGAAUAGACAGGCUAUUUUAAAAAUCUAUUUGUACACUAUACUUAAAUUGAUAUUUUUAUUGAAAAUCUCUUUUUCUAAAUAAUAAAAAAAAACAUAGCCAAAAACAUUAAGAGUAAAUCUGUAUUGAUUUCUGUAUCAUUUAAAGUUGGGUCAUGGAAAGGUACAUAGUGGCAGGAGUUCACAGGCUUUGCUUUUUACUACAUAUAACUAAAAAAAAAACAAAACAGUUAAAAAAGUUUCAAAAUUUUAGAUUUCUCAGCUCUACGUAAUAUUUCUCAGAAGGGCAUUAUGAAUGAGCGAGUGAAUAGUUGUUAUGGUUCGCAAAUAAAGGAAAAAAUAAGAAAAAAUGGACAUAGCGGUUUGGGGGGAACGCCCGGGGGAAAAUGUCGAUUUUUGAGAAUUAUCGCACAGAAAAAUCCUUUUUUUUAAUUUUAUUUGUCUGUGACCUCUCUUGGACUUGGUAGGGUGGUAUUUAACCGAUUAGUUUAGGUUGCGUUAUUUGGCAACGAUGCACGAUGUGACACUGUGUCUUAUACAAGACAAUGAUCGAUAACGUUGUGCUCUGUCGCGUUCAACAUCACAAACGCAGUGCCUUCAGUAACAUCUAGGUGGAAACGGUCUGUAGAAGGAUUGGAGGGAAUUACAUACUUAUACUUUACGUUGACCGAAUCCUUUGUAAUUAAUGUAUAAAAAUUAUUAUCUUUCAUUUUACUAUCGGCAUUCUUUAUUUAGUGUAUUAUUGUUAAGAAAAUGUUUUUUUGCUACUUCAAUUGCAAAUUGUUGACAUUUAUGUUUAACAUUAUUGACGAGAAAGUUGUUCUAUUUUUGUCUUUUCGUUUUUUUCUCUUAUGAAUUUAAAAUUCAUAGUUGUGAUUUCUUUUGACAUUUAAUGUUUUUGUGAUACGUAAAAGAGAAUUGCAUUAAUGCAUCAUGUUUUUAGCUUUUUUUCGUUUAAGUAAAGAUGGGAUUAUGAGUAUGUCUAUGGACGGUGGCUAAUGUUAGCGGUGGGCACUUGGGGCUCGUUAUUUUGAAAUCAAUAAUUGGAUUUGCUUCUUUCUAAAUUUUAUAAGGUACAAAACUUAGAUUACAAUAACAUCACGUGUCAAUUUUGAUUAUGCAACAAGUUUGUGUCGUCCCACACAAUUGUUUGUGACUAUAAUUAUAAAAUUAAUUUCAAGUGAUUAUAACUGUACAAAAUUCAGUAUACAAUGUGGGAUAUUGGAUAACACGUCUUAAAAUUAAGUUGUCGCAUUGUUAACGCUAAUUAGUGGACAAGUUACUAGUGGUCCCUAAUAGUUGUAAUGUUAUAAUUGAUGUGAUAGGAAAAUUCACACUUAGUCGGUGUUUUGCAAUCCCUUUUUCAUUGGACUUGGCCGAUCUCCCUUGUACAUGUGGCUGUUACUCUGGCUAGAAGGCAGCGGCUCAGCGCCGGCAGAACGAUUGGAUCCAACAAUGCGCCAUACAACAGCUUCAAGCGAGCGAUCUAAACAAUAUCAUUUCGAGUCAAAUUUGAGUAUAAUCAUUAUUUUAUCUUUAGUUGCUUGCUGAGGCAUUAUUGCUGGAUCAAACUGCAUUUAAGUUUAAGCACAUCAAUUGGUUCCGUUUUGAGUUUCGUAUAAUAAGAUUAUUGUAUAAGUUAAUUUUAGUUUCUUUAUCUCUUUUUGUGUACAUAAAAUCGCGAGAUGUCGUGAUGGUAAAGCCAAAGAUUGUUACGGGUAUGGUGACCCUCUGCCGUCACAUGGGCUGUGUAGUCAGCUUACAUUCUAGCUCCGCGUCAGGAGGCACACAAGCUGAACCUUGUACGUAAUGACGACCAAGUGUUAACUACGAAUGUAAUUUUCUACAUAGCCUCUUAGUUAUAUGUACGUUUAUCUACCUCGAGGAUGUAAUUUAGUUCGUAAGUAAGCUUUUAAGUAGAUUUUUUAUAUGAUGGAAAAAUAUAAAAUGUUAGUGUUUAAGAGUAAUGUGAAAAACUAAAAAAAAAUAUAAUAAAUUUAAAGUACAAAUAUACUACCUCAGGAUUCAAUUAUAGUCAUUUUUCAUAUUCUAUAACUGUCCCUCAGAUUGUAUUUUAUGAUGUUAAUGGUGAAUGUUAUAAAUUACUCUUCAGAAUUUUUCUAAAUACUUAUUCUUAGUAAAUGCUGGUACAUAACAUUUUUGAAAUUUAUGCAAAUAGUUUUAAAAAUGUAUGAAUAAGGAUGGAAUUCAGUUGUAAAGUCGUCGGUAAUAGGAAGCACGUUUAUUUGAAUCUCUGCAAGGUAGUGAGUGCUCUCAACUCAGUGUGAUGCUCAAAGAGGACAUACAUCGACGUGAGCUCGGACCGGGCUGGGUGCGGUCUAACGUAGUGUAAGUGUUAAAUAGGCUAGUUGUAAUAAUCUCAUUGAUGUACCUCAUUGUAAGCACAACACUUGCGGGGGAUCGGCCACAAGUCUCCAGCGACGUAAUCUAAUUGUACCUUCCUUCACUCUCCGGAGUAUAAAUUUUUAUUCGUAAUUUUUAUUAUUAUUAAUUUUUCCCAGUUACUUUUUUGUGUUUCAUAGAUGUUACUAUGUUUUAAGGAGACGAAAGAAAAAAUGGAGAAAUUAUUGUUUGUUAGGUUUCUGCGAAUUAAAAAAAUGUAACAAAAUUA